AUGUGCGAUUCACAACAUACGCGUGGUUUCAGUUACGUAAACGAGGAAUCCAUCGACGCCGAUGUCAAGUGCGCGAUUUGUACAGAUCCUUAUCUUGAUCCUAUAGUAGUAUUAACUUGUAAUCACAUAUUCUGCCGAUCAGGCAUCGAACGAGUAAUGAAAGACAAACCUGUUUGUCCUAUGUGUCGCCACAUGCCUUUCACUUUAAGUGAACUACAACCAGCAAAUCUACCUCUGGUUAAUUGCCUCAAUGAACUUUUAGUAAAAUGUGACACUUGCAAUCAAAUGAACAUUAAACGAAAUAUGUUCGAUGAACACAUUAAUAAAUUAUGCCCCAAAGCAAAAGUGACGUGUUCGGCUGCUGAUCUAAAAUGUGAAUGGACGGAUUCACGUGAUCAACUCAAUGAUCAUUUAGCACAUUGCAAGUUCGAACCUCUGAGAUCUGUUUUGAGUCCUUUAUUACUUAUGGCGAAACAAGUAGAACGAAUUCAGACUGAUAAUCAAGAACUACAGCUGCAAGUCAAUGGACUUCAACAUCGAUGCAAGCAACUUGAAAUGAGAAUGCACGAAACUUGCACAAUUCCAUUACGCACUGCUUCUGACAUUGAUAUUAAUGCCAAAUGGACAGCAAAUGGGUUGACUGUGGCAGGAUAUAAUUCAAGUGGUGAUGGAUUGAAUCAAUUUUCGAAUCCACAAGGUUUAUAUUUACAAGAUGAACGCACACUUUAUGUCGCUGACUUUUCAAAUCAUCGUAUCGUGGAAUGGAAACUAGGAGAACCAAAUGGAAAAAUUGUAGCCGGUGGAAACGGAGCAGGAUGUAGAGAUAAUCAAUUGGAUUAUCCUACCGAUGUGAUUGUUGACAAAGAAAAUGAUUGUCUCAUUAUCUGCGAUCGAGGGAAUCGUCGAGUGGUUCAAUGGUCUCUUCGAGAUUCAACACACGGAGAAACAAUUAUUGCAGACAUCAGUUGCAAUUGUUUGACAAUGGACGAGAAUAAACAUUUGUAUGUUACUGACGUCACCAAUAACGAAGUUCGACGAUGGCGCGCGGGAGAAACUGAAAGGACAGUAGUGGCAGGUGGAAAUGGAACAGGCAACCGUCUCGAUCAACUUGAUUAUCCUACUUUUAUUUUCGUUGAUCGGGAUCAUUCUGUGUACGUAUCGGACUAUAAUAAUCAUCGUGUGAUGAAAUGGACCGAGAAUGCUAGAGAAGGAAUAAUCGUGGCAGGUGGUCGAGGCCGCGGUGACUCUUCCAGAAAUUCCUAUUAUCCAGGAGGAGUAAUUGUUGAUCAAUGGGGCAAUGUUUAUGUGGCAGAUAGUGAAAUUCAUCGAGUGGUUUGCUGGAAAAAAGGUGCUGCAGAAGGCAAAGUUAUUGCUGGCGGAAACGGUCGAGGAGCACAACCGAAUCAACUCAAUCGUCCUGCAGGGAUACUAUUCGAUAAACAUGGAAACUUGUUUGUAUCAGACUUUGAAAAUCAUCGUGUGCAAAAAUUUGAAAUCACUACAAGAGACCCUUGA